AUGGCCAACGCAGAGGAGCAAUACAAGCUCUCGCAAGAGCAGAUCGACUUCUUUCUGGAGAACGGAUGGUUGAAGUUGAGCAACUGCUUCACAAGAGAGCAAGCAGAAGGACUUCAGGAAACGCUCUGGACGCGUUUGGGUAUGGAUCCCAAAGACAAGUCGACAUGGCACACCGAGCGAACAAACAUGCCCUUCUUCAACGAAUUCUCUGUCGAAGAGUUUGCACCAAAAGCCUGGGCUGGAAUUUGCAACCUUGUGGGUGGUAGCGACCGCGUUGAUUCUAACGCAUCGACUUGGAAAGAUGGCUUCAUAGUAAAUCUCGGAACGCCAGAGGGUCACAACAAAGUGGUACGCCCUCAAGAGCUACCUGGCUGGCACGUCGACGGAGACUUCUUUGUUCACUACCUAGAUUCACCUGAGCAAGCGCUUCUGGUCAUCCCGCUAUGGUCAGACAUCGCUCCAGGCGGUGGUGGAACCUACAUUUGUCCUGCCGCCAUUCCCACUGUUGCGAAACAUCUAUGCGAGAAUCCUGACGGAGUCAGCCCAAGGAUGACGCCAAGAGCGCAAAACCCAGAGUUUGUGCAAGAGCAAGGACUGAAGUGGUUCAACGACCUAGCUGCCAGUAUGCCCGAUGAGGCUUUCGUGGAAGCCACCGGUGUAGUUGGCGACGUCUACCUUUUGCAUCCGCUGAUGCUGCACUCAGCGUCCAACAACCAACUUCGCCAAGUCCGCGUCAUUACAAACCCACCGGUGUCCGUCAAGGAGCCUUUUGUGUUUGAUCGUGCCGAUGGGAACUACAGCGCGGUGGAGCGCAAGACCAUGAAGGCGUUGGGCAAGGACCGGAUUGCGGGGUUCAAGAUUUCUGGAAAGAGGCAACCAGUUAUCCCCGAGCGAUUGCGAAUUCAAGAAGAGAUGAAGAGGAAGGAGGAGCAGAGGAUGCGCAAGUUGAAGGAAGGGGCGGGGAUAGAUGAAGCGAAGGAUGCAAGUCAAACGGUCGCUACUGCUGCGUAG